AUGGAUUCCUGGAAAUCCACACUCCGUCCUCCACCAAAAGACAUCCGUCCCCAAACCGAAGAUGUAACCGCUACAAAGGGCAUAGAAUUCGAGGACAUGUUCCUCCGCCGCGAGCUUCUCAUGGGCAUCUUUGAAGCAGGUUUUGAGAAGCCCUCUCCCAUUCAGGAAGAGGCUAUUCCCAUUGCCCUGACCAAACGUGACAUCCUCGCCCGUGCAAAGAAUGGCACCGGAAAAACAGCCGCUUUCGUCAUUCCCUCCCUUCAGCAAAUUGACAUUACAAAGAACAAGAUCCAGGCCCUCCUCCUCGUUCCUACUCGUGAGCUUGCCCUCCAAACAUCUCAGGUGUGCAAAACACUCGGAAAACACAUGGGAGUGCAGGUCAUGGUCACCACUGGUGGUACAACCCUCAAGGACGAUAUCUUACGUUUAUCGGAGUCCGUACACGUCUUGGUAGGCACUCCAGGCCGUAUCCUGGAUUUGGCUGGCAAAAAUGUUGCCGACCUCACUGAAUGCCCUGUAUUCGUCAUGGACGAGGCAGAUAAACUGUUAUCUCCUGAAUUCGCCCCUGUGAUGGAACAGCUGCUUUCCUAUCUCCCUACUGAACGCCAAGUCAUGCUUUUUAGUGCGACUUUCCCUAUGAUCGUCAAAGACUUUAAGGACAAACACAUGAAUUCCCCGUACGAAAUCAACUUGAUGGACGAACUUACCCUUCGCGGUGUCACCCAAUAUUAUGCCUAUGUCGAAGAACGACAAAAGGUUCACUGUUUAAAUACUCUCUUCUCCAAGUUGCAAAUCAACCAAUCCAUCAUUUUCUGUAAUUCCACGAACCGCGUCGAGCUCCUCGCCAAAAAGGUGACUGAGCUCGGAUACUCCUGUUUCUACUCCCACGCAAAGAUGCUCCAAUCGCACCGCAACCGCGUUUUCCAUGACUUCCGCAACGGCGUAUGCCGCAACCUUGUCUGCUCGGACCUCCUCACUCGUGGAAUUGAUAUUCAAGCGGUGAAUGUCGUUAUCAAUUUUGAUUUCCCCAAGAAUAGCGAGACGUAUCUGCAUCGUAUUGGCCGUUCAGGCAGGUUCGGACAUUUGGGAUUGGCAAUCAACCUCGUGACAUAUGAGGAUCGGUUUAAUCUAUACAAGAUUGAGCAAGAGCUAGGGACGGAGAUUCAGCCGAUCCCGCAAAAUAUUGAUCGGGGGCUGUACGUUGCCCCAAGCGGGUCCGAGGAGCAGGAGAAGGCACAACAGCAGCAGCAACAGCCAAAGGCGGCUCAACCUCAGCAACGACAGGCUAACGUGCUCAACAGCAACAGCAGCAGGGUCAAGCGCAGGUGA